AUGUCCAUUCUUCCAGAGGAUUUGGUAGAGGAGAUACUCUCUAGGGUUCCGGCUACAUCUCUAAAACGAUUACGAUAUACUUGCAAACAAUGGAACGCGUUAUUCAAUGAUCAUCAAUUCAUCAAGAAGCACGUUGAUAAAGCACCCAAGGAGUCUAGGGUUAUCAUGUUGGCGAAUUCUAGGGUUUAUUCAAUGAGUGUCAAUCUUCGGGGAAUACAAAACAACAUUGAUCCAUCUGUGGAGCUUAAGGGUGAACUUGGCCCACUUGACGAUAUGUUGCGAAUCUUUCACUGCAACGGAUUAUUGCUAUGCAUCAAGGAUACCAUGGAUUGCAAGGGUAUCGCCGUGGUUUAUAACCCGUGUACGGGGCAAACGAGGUCGAUUAAACUCACAACUGUUGACGAAUAUUCAGAUAAGUUUGCUCUCGGAUACGAAAACAACAAAUCAUGUUUCGAAAGCUACAAAAUAUUGAGGUUUCGUCUUCGUACGAGCGGUUUUGAUGCUGAGUUUGAAAUCUAUGAGUUUAAGUUAAAUUCUUGGAGGGUUCUUGAUGACAUCCCUCAUGAUCCGACCUACUUUGAAACUAAAGACCGUGGCGUGUCUUUGAUGGGAAAUACUUAUUGGAUUACUUUUGAUGGGUUUUUAUCACAAUUCGAUUUUACAAAAGAGAGGUUUCAACGUUUUUAUCUGCCCUUUGAGUGUAACUUUCAUGACAUUGUGGAGCUAUCUACGGUAAGAGAAGAGAAACUUGCGGUGUUAUUUCAGAAGCGUUUUGGGUCAACAACGAUGGAGGUAUGGUUAACCAAUAAGAUUGAUCCGCUCAACGACCUUAUUACAUUGAGAAUGUUCUUUAAAGUGGAUUUGAAGGACACAUAUAUGCAUCCAUAUUCGAUGAGCUUCGUGCUGGAUGAGGAGAAUAGAGUAGCACUGUGUUGUGCUAGAGAUGCAAGUUAUAUUUUCUCCAAAACUUACAUUAUUGGAGAGGAUAAGCUCAGACAAGUAGAUUUUCUUGGAAAAUCUGCAAUCCAAACAAUUCCUUCGGAGCCUCUUCUCUUGAGUUACGUUCCAAGUUUGAUCCAAAUCGAAGAACCAAAAGAAACAUAA